GACCCGCCGCCGCGGCGGCUAGCCGUCAAGCAGCUGCAGUACGCUGUGGUGGACUUCGUGCUGUCCGUGUGAUUGCUGUGAUUUUUUUUUUUUUUCGAUCUUCUGUGCACAUGCUAUCCUGAACAGCAACGCAUUCCUACGUUCCUCUGGUUCUCCUAUUUAUAAUGUUGGAGAACUUGAGAGACAAGUUGCACAGCGUUCAGCAAGACUUCAGUUUCAGUCUCCGAAACCUUAGCCUCGGUGAUACUUCACUGCCAAAAUCACAGCAGGACUGCGAAAAGAGGCUUCUAGGUGCUGGAGCUGAUUUAUUACAUUACUACCAGUCAAAGUGGGAAGAGUUGCACAGCCAAAAUGAAGGCAACGCCAAGAGAGCAGAAGAGGUAGAUGUCCUGAUUGCAGGGCUACAGUCCUACUGCCAUCAGCAGUUGGUCAGCAUGCAGCAGCUGAACUUACAGUUGGCACAGCUGCCUAAGCUACAGCAGGGUGUCCAGGACCUUAUGAACACCAUAGGAGAGUUGGAAGGCAUGUUUGAGGAGGUUGAACUUCGCCUGGUAAGCCUUGAGGAUGUCAUUGAGACACAAGCUCUGCAAGAGAAGCAGCUUGACGAAAGGUUCAAGCUUGCACUGUAUGGAGAAAGAAAGAAAGGACAUUUUGAAAGCCUUAAAGAUAAACUGGAGGACGACCACCAAACGCUGCUUCGACAGCUGGAAGAACAAGAGCGAGAAGUGCUUCGGGAAAGGCAAGAGACCUUUGGAGAAGUGUUUCGCAGAGAUCUUGAAGCAUACAAAGAACAAGGGACACUGCACCGAAUUGAAGCUGUGCACGGCGCACAAGUUGACUUGGAAGACAUUGACCUGGAAGGGAAUGAUGAAGAGCGCGAAGCGCUGAACGAGUUUUUGGCUGAUGUAAUCUCUACCACAGAUGGAUCAGUAACAGUGGAGGACAGCAUUGAAGAAGUAGCAGCACAGUAGCAGUGGUGGAAUCUUUCAUUUUUUUACAUGUUGAUGACAUUUGAUUACAUAAGCCGCCUGUUUGAAUUAUACAAAAGAGCCAUGGAUGCAGAACAAAAGAUGGUGCAGCUUUUAACCGUGAUGUUAUGUUUACAUGCUGGGACUUCUUACGCAGUUUCAUUCCUCUAGUCCAUGCACUAAGCCCGAUUUGCCUGCAUGCGCUUAAAGAGAUAUAUAAUGUAAUAUACAGACCACUGUGCUGCAGUGUAAAAGAAAAAUAAAUAAAUAAAAUGUG